GUUUUUUCUCGUCAGCAUGACAAUCGUCAAGGCUAAAGCCGGGCUAACAGUCCCGAAAUAUGCUUGGGACUCUCAUAUUCAUAUCAUCGAAUCCGACAAGUUCCCCCUCAGUCCUGACAGAGACUACACCCCCAAAGCUGCGACUCGCGAGCAGGCCCUGGCAUUUGAACGCCCCGUCGGCAUUCAGCAUGCCGUCAUUGUCUUACCCAGCGUAUAUGGAACUAAUAACAGCGUCCUUAUCGACGCCCUACGCUCCACCAACGGUACUUAUCGCGGCGUCUGCGUCUUAGACCUCUCGGCGGAAAUCGAUAACACUACCCUUCAAACAUUUCACGACGCCGACGUCCGCGGAAUCCGCAUUAACUAUGGUAACGAAGGGACAGACGCACAGAUUACCGCAGAUACCAUUCGCGCGGCGUCGAUCGCGCGAAUUCACAACUGGAUCCUGCAGUUAUGGGUCCCUGUCGCCUCCUUCAAGUCCCUUCACCCUAUAAUUCCAACCCUGGGGGUACGCGUCGUAGCGGACCACUAUGCUCACGCGAUGACAGCUUCCCGUACGGGCAAUCUACAAAAUGCGAUCGAUCCCUUCAGCAUCCCCGGGUUCCGAGAUGUGGUGGACCUAAUGCGACGAAACCACCUUUUCGUUAAGAUCUCGGCGCCGUACCAGAACUCCCGGGACGAGCCGCUGUAUGGUGAUCUGCGGGUAAUCGCGGAGACACUUAUGCUGCAUGGACCCGACAUGGUGGUUUUUGGCAGCGACUGGCCGCAUACGGCGAGUAAGGAGGGGAAUGGGGCUGGAGGGAGAUUGGUUGAGCAGGACUUUAGGGACGUCGACGAUCAGGCUAUUCUGCAACAGACGCUUGAGUGGGCCGGAACGCAGGCGCAGGUGAGGAGGUUGUUUGUGGAUAACCCAAGAAGGUUAUGGGGGUGGACCAACACGGAGUCGUGA